CGCAGAAAACAAAAUGGUGGUUCUUCGAGCCCAAGUAAUUUUUGCAGGUGAGAAUAUAGAUUUAGCUUUGAAUUGACGAAGCUUUGCUUUAUCUUAGCACCCAACGCCUUUUUAUAUUCAUGUUAUUAAUUCAAAGCGUGUGCUUAUAUCGUUGGUCAUUGUAUCUUUGUCGAUGUGGUGUAACAUUGAUGGGCAAGUGAUGGGAGUUUUGCUCUGCUAGCUACAUCGAAAGGAACGGUUUGUGAGCUGAUUCCUGCCAAUAAAAUAGAUUUUAUAUCUGUGUUUCAGGUGACCCAUGUGUGGGUAAGAGUGCCCUAACACAAACAUUUCACAGCGAUGGUACACACUUUCCCAAAAACUAUACAAUGGUAAGCUUUCUCUAUAGUUUUGUUAUAAGAGGAUCAUGAUUCACCAAAAAGGCUUUAUUCAUGACGAUAUAUCUCUCAAGUUAUAUGUAAGCUCGGGGGUUAUCUGGUGUUGUGAGAAUUUGAUUACUUGUACUUCACGAGUCCCAUGAAUAUUGUGUUGGACAAGGAAUAGGGGGCUGCAUAGAUUAUUUGAGUAAAAUUUGUAUCAAGGGAUUGAUUAUUUCUUGAUGCAAAUGGAAUUUAUGAAGAUUGGACACCUAAGGAACAAGGAAGAAGGUCUUUCAAGAAUAGUCCAUCCUGUUUACUUCCCACCAAUUCCUUUUGUAGCUGAUCCUCCUUUAGGGAGCAGGGGAAACCUGUGUGUUGUGGCCAGUUUUCUCCCUUAUUCUGUUAUUUUCUGGCUAGACUCUGGGUUGAAAACUAAGAUAAGCUGCAAACUGUGGCUGAGUCUGUAUCAUAUACAGACUGCACCCUAAUGAAAUUGCAUCAAAUGAAAUUUUGGUCGUCCUUUUUUUCACUUCACAUAAAAUCAAGUGUUUGUAACUCAUUUUCAGACAGCCGGAGUGGAAGUGUGCAUUAAGUCUGUUAACAUCCCAGAGACUUCUGACAGUGUGGUAGGUUUUUUUCCGAUAAAAUUUAUUUUUACAGACUAAAAUUUCUAAAUCAAUGAAAAGUUUCUAAACCAUACAACAAAAGUCACCAAGCAAUUAAUGUUUGGGACAAAGACAGUCUUUAUCAUUACAAGUUAGAUUACUUAAAACUAAUAUUUUCACAAAUACACAAGCUAAUAAUAAAAGAAUAAUCAAACAUAAUAUCAAAAAAAACAAAAAUUCAAAAGGCCAUCUGGAAGAAAACCCAGACAGAUGCUUACAAGGCAAGUGCAAUUGAUGUAUAUGUGCUAGCAAGCUGAGUAACAGAACAACUGAUCUGAAUUACUGAGUAAUAACUAAAGCACCUAAAAACUAAUCCAGACAUCACUGUACUUUUACUAGCAUCAGGAAGCUUAACUAGCAGGAUACGUCACUCUGCUGGUGUUAAAUUACUUGAACUAAGUAGGCAAGCUUGAUCACAAUUAUGAUGCGAGACUACCUUUGCUAUGUUUGUAAUUUAGAAGCACAUCACUCAGAAAUGGAUGAUGUUUCCCAUUCAAGAAACCCUUUGGAAACACAAGGGUUGAGUCGGCUGCUUAACUCUUUGACCCUAAGAGUGACCAGCAUCUAAUUUCUCCUCACAAUAUCAACCCUGAAUCAUACAUUAAGGUCAUGAGAAUAAAGGAAAUGAUCAACAACUAAAGAAGCUCUUGAUUGUUAAACACAUUCUCCUUGUCAGCACAAUAGGAAAUGUACAGAGAACAGUAUGGAGAAUAUGCAUACUGAUGGUUUAAGGGUUAAAAGAAUUUCCACAGGCUUUUUGACUUCCAUUAUUUUUGCCAGGAACUCUACAUUUAUGACUCUGCAGGAAAAGAAAUGUUUGCAGACAUAGUACAACAACAUGUAGGUACCUUUAUCAUGAAAGCAGGCAAUUUAUUAUUGAAUCAGAUGUGUAUACUUUAGAUAUUUUGUCCAUGUAGGACUAUGCUAACCAAGCAUGUAUUGUGGAUGUUGUCACUCAAAAAUCUGCCUGCUAAAACAAAGGACAAAGUUUUAGCUGUAGUGGUUGAAAAUUUUAAUGGUGUGACACAAUGCCUAGACAGUCACUCAGACUUCAUGGUAGCCUUGAGCCAGAGAUACCAUGGAGGAUUUGAUAAUGUAGCACUCUAUACAUGGGCCAAUGCACUAUGUGGUGAGACUUGUGAUAAAAGUUAAAAUUCUUUUGGUUUGUCAGUUUGAUAUGAACCAAGCAAGAAUGAAUAAUCCUUCCAUAUCAACAGAAUGUCUCGUCAAUUUUUUCAACCAGGUUAAAAUUGAUCUGGUACUGUAUUAGAUGAAUGUAGCUAUAUCUUUACUUCACUCCUCAGUCAUUAGAAUACUAGAUUUGUAGUAGGGGCUAGGUUGUAACUUGUCCAGUAAAAGAUGACCAAUUGCUACAACAAUGUAAAUAAAAAUGUGUUUUUUAUUGCUCAUGCAGUGGACACAGCCAAACAUGUUCCUUGUGGGUUAUGAUGUGACAAAUGAACAGUCAUUUAAUGCCUGUAACAAGUGGUAUGAGAGAUGCAGAGCAAAAAAACCAAACCAAAGUUUACCAGGUGAGUCUCUGAAAUUUACAUAAUGCAAUUAGCAAAUUAAUAAGAGAAGCCUCAAAUGGUUGAGUAAGUUGCAGUUAAACAGAAUCAGAUGAAAAUGUCCUAAACUCUUUAGAAAAAUAACUUAAGGCAAUAACCAAAAUGUAUAAACACUAGAAACACAAUUUUGAAUAUGGAAGCAAUCUCCACAGCAGUGAACACUACUUAAGCAGUAGUGAAAAUAAGGCCUGAAAAAAUUCACAUCUGUACAGGAUUUAAACUCAUAACCUUUACAAUACUGUGAAUUUAUAAAAAAUCCUGUACAGGCCUGAAUUUUUUUCAGGCCCUGUUUUCACUACUGCUGUGAAGAUCACUUUCAUAUUCAUAUCUUAUGCCGCAUUCACACCAAAGCUUAAACAUGUUUAAAAGUUGUUUUGUUAAACACAGUUUAAUUUUUUUUUUCUUUUUAGAAACUAUUUAACCGAAUAUUUUUGACUUGAAUGUAGCACAUUGGAAAUGCAAGUUAGCAAGUACUUGAAUCCAAUGGAAAAUCAAGUUUUUCAGUGCUCUGUUUAUAAUUUUCAUUCAAUGAAAACCAGUUUAACAAAACAUGUUUUGCUGGUGUGAAUGGGGUAUUAAACAGCAGUUCACAUAUAUCAUUUUUAGACAUUCACAGUCAUUUAAACACAUUUUUUGUUAGAUGUUAGCCAAGGAUGGAAGGCAAAAUUAUGGUGAUGCCUGACUUAACAAAUUUUUAUUUGAUUUUAAGGUGCCCUGGUUGCCAUUAAAACAGACCUGAAACAAAGACGAUUAAUAUCAACAAAACAAGGCAGAGAUCUUGCCAUUUCUAAAGGGCUUGAAUACUUUGAGUGCUCUGCGGUAAGUUGCCUCUCCUUGUAUACUGAAAAUUGAGCAUAAUGACAGUCCCACUUACUAGUAACAAAGCCUUAGAGGUAAACCUCAAAAGAUGAAACUACACAAGGAAUCAACAAUAUUUCUCACAUAAACACCCAUUGAAAAUUUGAGAUGGUAUUGGUGUUACUUUACUUUGCUCUGUAAUUUGUCCUGAGAAAACUUGUGCCACUGCUGUCAUAGCCAAUCAGAUACAAACUUAAACCAACCACAACUUGGUCACUCACAUUUUCCUGUGCACAAGGCAGUUUGCUUGUUUUUAUUUUGUGUUCCCAUUGGUCCUUUGGGGUGUAUUCCUUUCUUCUGAUUGGUCAUUCUGAUUACUUUAUUUUUGGUUUUUAUGACACUCCAUCUGAAAGAGCUAUCUUCUAAAGUUCCCUUUAGCCUGCUGUUGUUUCUGCCGAGAAAAUGUCAUCAAUUUUAUAUUUAGGAAGUAUUUAGAUAUUUUUAUGGUGGGGAUUAUCUUAAAACCUCAGUUACAAAAAAUUAUGUAAAAUAAUAUUCUUGAACAAAUUUUCAAGUGUCAUUUUUUCAAUAGGAAAAAAUUGCACUGAUGUGAAAUUUUCUUUAUGUUCUGUUCAGGCCAUGUACUGCUUGCUAAGAAUUUUAUUUUCUCCUUAUAAUUCCAUCUGUGGCAUAUCAUUGCUCCUCUUUGUGCUAUACCAUCCCAGAUUCCAUCCAAUCGACUUUCCAUGGUGGAAACUCGUUUCCUCGGAACAUACUUUUUUUUCCUUUUUAUUUUUCUAGAAAGACCAUGAGAACGUGGAAGCUCCAUUCUACUACUUGGCUAAAGAGUUUCACAAUCUUUACAAGGAGAAAGUUGAACAGAUGAAGACAUUGACAUAGGACUUUCAUUUUCGUCGUGUUCUCUCCUUGAUGAGAGGGGAGGUCGAUCUUUUCAUUGCACAACUUUUAUUUAUUCCGAAAAGCGUUCUUGAAAAUAGAAGUGUCUACCUUUCUUCAACUCAAGGGACUUAUAUUAGGGUUUAGCUUCUUGAGGAUAUUUCAGCCCAAUCUCUUGAAGUUAGUUUAUUUAUUAUUGUUAUUUUUUUUUCAUUUCAUGAUCUUAGUUUCUCUUAUAAAAUACUGGCAAGUUCUAGUUUAUGUUUAAUUUUUAAGCAUUCUGGGAACGCAUGUAGCUACCAUUCUACUCAAUCCAUGAGAACUGACUCAUAAGCUAUGUUUUCACCUUGCUUGAGGCAAGGUCCUUCACGUUAAAAAUGUUAAAUGAUAUUGAUAUAUAAAUGUAUCACUAUUUUAACACAUUUCUGUAAGGUCCAAAGAGAUUAUAUUAACUGAUACUCUCUUAGAAGAUCGGAAAAUGUUGAAAAAGCAGAUAUAAAAACCUAAGAUAGCGGUAGUGAUCAUUUUUUAACCCUUUCCAUCUUAGCAUUUGUGUUCAUAUUCUCCACACUGUCUCUUUACAUUUCCGAUGGUAAUGACAAGGAGAAUUUGUGUGACAAUCAGGAGCUUCUUAAAUCGGUGAUCCUUCCCUUCAUUCUCAUGACCGUUACAUUAUAUUCAAGGGUGGUCACAGGACGAAAUUGCAAGAAUCCGUAAACGGAAACGUGGCAGAAACAUGUUAAACCGUUCUGGAAACACGACGGAUAACCUGUGUUUCCGUCACCGGUUUCGUGACGUUUUCUCGCGUAUCCGUUGCUGCGUAUACAACGGAACCGGACCACUUUUUGUGCAUGUUAAACAUAACGGAAACAUGGAGUUGCAUGUUUCCGCCACGUUUCAGAAAUACGGAAACAUGUGAUUUCGUCCUGUGGGUAUUGUAAGGAGAAAUCAGAAGCCGGACGCUCUUAGGGGUUAAUGGAUUAAAGAAGUUUCGUUUAUCGGUCACAAAUCCGCAGGCUUGACAGUUUGAACUCCAUGACACAGUAUGAUGUGCCGAGUAAAAGCACCAUUCAGUAGCUAUAAAUCGUUUAGUUAUUGCAGUAUAAACCAUAAUAUACGUUUCCUUCAAAUGUUUUAAUUAAAAAAUUAUCCUCGCGAGUGGAUCCCAGAUGCAGGAAAGAAGCCUGGAGGCUUCGUAGCUCAGUUGCAAGUAGCGUCCAACUAGUAUCCGGGAGGCAUGGGUUCGAAUCCCGUGCAAGCCUGAAUAUUUUUCAAGGGGGUAAGUUUCUAAAGAAACUGUGGUGCUGCGUUAGUGGGAGAGUAUAACAUGGUAAUUUAAUAAAAUC